AUGACAAAGAAUAUACAAUAUGGUCUGAAGGGAAAAAAAGGUACCCUUUCAAUCGAAAAAGAAAAAACUGAGAAUGAAAAACUAACUUUUAAUAAUUUUAGAAAAGUUCCUAAAAUUGUAAUAAUAUAUUUUUUACUCUUUAUUAUUGUCUUUGUUUUAUCCACUUUGUAUUUUCGUAAUCACGAUUUAUAUGGAGACAAAAAGGUGCAAUCAGUAGCAUUCACAGCAGGUAUAGCACCAACUAUCGCUAAGAGAUCUCAUUGGUAUUGGGCAGCAGCAGCAGCUCUUGGAGGUUUUUUAGUAACAGCAGCAGCAUUAUCAGGCGGGUAUGCAGUAACUGCAUGUUCUAAGGACUUAGGUUCACCUAAUUGUUGGAUUUCAGUUGCAAUUGCUUUGGUUAGUGGUAGUUUAGGUGGAGUAGCAACAGCAGCAGCAGGAGUAGCUGGUGCUGCAGCUUCUGCAGCUGCAAAUGCAAAGCGAGAUGGUGGAUUCAUUAGCUCAAUAGGUCCUUUAGACUUUUAUCACACUUCGCUGACAAAUUUAACACAAUUAAAUUCUACUUUCGUCGAUGCAGGACUUACUCUAUUAGGUGCGUUUGAGUAUACUAAUACGUCUGAUUCAUCUAUUCAAACUCAAAAAAGAGGGUUGAGUGAUGGUAACAGGCAGCAUGUUCUCUAUUUUAAAAGCGCAAAAGGUAAUCAUGUAGCUAGCCAUUUGAACAACGAUAUUGAUAGAUUAGUAUCUUCCAUCACAAAUCAAGUUGAACCAGGAAGUUUAAGUGAUACUAUUGGUAAUUAUAAAUCACUUCAACGUAGGUAUAACUAUUUUGAUGCAGAGUGGAUAUCUUGGAAUUGGGAUAAUGUAAAUGUAGAUUUGACAAGAGAUGUUGAACAAGAUCGAGGAUUGGAAGAGGAGGAAUAUGAUCAAGGAUUUUAUAACUUUUUUAGUGGCGCACCGGCCUGGAAAUAUUGCUGGGCCGUGACAGUAAAUCCACAUCCUGGACAAAAUGAGGGCUACGAUCAAAUUGGGGAUGGUAAUGCUGUUCAUGGAGAGUUGUAUUUUAAUACAUAUGGUGGUGUAGAUGGUUAUUGUAAUGACAACAAAGAUGGAGCCCAAUGCCCAAAUCCAGCAUGCGAAUCAUAA